AUGGGCUUAUUCAAAAAACUCUUUAAAAAUAAAGGCAAACAAGCCAAAGAAGAAAAAGAUAAAGCGAAAAAAGAACUCCCAAAGAAAAAAGAAAAAGAAAAAGAAAAUAUUAAAAUUGAUAAAGAAGAUCUAUCAAAAAUUUCCGAGCUUAAGAAUUCUGAUGAUUUCGAUAGUAUCUACGAUUUCUUUAAUGAGCUUGUGAUGCAAGGUAAACAAGCCGCAAUUUCAAAAUCUUGUGAAGAAGGCCUUUGGGACACAAGAAAUGAAGAAGAUGGAGGAAAUGUUCUUCAUGUCGCAUGUGAAGAAGGAAACUUCAAACUUGUCAAAUAUCUAAUUGAAAGUGACAUAGAUAAAGAAACGAAAUCAAAUUAUGGUAAUACUGCACUCAUUAUUGCGUCAUCUGAAGGUCAUCUUCAAAUUGUUGAAUGUCUUGUCACUGCAGGAUGUGACAAAGAAGCAAGGAACAAUAUAGGAAACACUCCACUCCUUAUUGCAUCACGUCUUAAUAAACUUCAAGUUGUUGAAUAUCUUAUCUCUCAAGGAUGUAACAAAGAAGCAAGAGAUGAUGAAGGAAAUACUCCACUCAUUUUGGCCGCGCGCAAUGGUCAUCUUGAUGUUGUUAGAUACCUUGUCAGUGUCGGAGCUGAUAAGGAAGCAAAGAAUUCUGAAGGUUAUACUCCAGUUGUCUCUGCAUCAGAUGAAGGCCAUCAAGAUAUUGUUAACUAUCUUUUCUCGGUUGGAUCUAAUGAUGAAUCAUUAAGAAUUAUUGAAGUAAAGAAAGAAUUAGAACAAGAACAUCGAGAAAAUGAAAAGCAAGACAGUAUAAUUCUCUCAAAAAUUACUCAGUUAAAGAAUUCAAAUAGUUUUGAAGAAAUCUACAGUUUCCUUGAUGAACUUUCAGCACAAGGCAAUCAAAAAAGACUUUCGACCGCCAAUGAUUCUGGACUUUGUAAAAUUGAAAAUCAUUUUGGCAAGAAUGCAUUACAUGUAGCAUGUGAAGAAGGAAAUCUCAGACUUGUAAAAUCUCUCAUAGAAAGUGGUUGCAACAAACAUACUUUAUCUAAUAAUAUUAGUACUCCACUCAUUAUUGCAUCAAUGGCAGGUCGGCUUGAAGUUGUCAAAUAUCUUAUCAGUAUCGGAGCAAAUAAAGAAGGAAAGGAUAUAGAUGGAAAUACUCCACUCAUUGAAGCAUCAAAAUCAGGUCAACUUGAAAUUGUCAAAUGCCUUUUUUCUGCUGGUGCAGAUAAAGAAGCAAAAAAUAAAAAUGGAAGUACUCCACUCAUUGAAGCAUCAAAAUUAGGUCUUCUUGAAAUUGUCAAAUACCUUAUAUAUAUUAGAGUAGAUAAAGAAUCAAAAGAUAAGGAUGGAAAUACUGCUUUCAUUAUUGCAUUAAAAUCACAUCAAUUUGAAGUUGUUAAUUACCUUAUUUCUGCAGGAGCUAACAAAGAAGUAAAAAAUAAGUAUGGAUUCACUCAACUCAUUGCCGCAUCAAAAGAAGAUAAACUUGAAGUUGUUCAAUACCUUAUUUCUGUUGGAGCUAACAAAGAAGCAAAAUCCAAUGAUGGAUCUACUCCACUUAUAUGGGCAUCGCGAUAUGGCCAUCUUGACAUUGUUCAAUAUCUCAUAUCUGUUAAAGCAGAUAAAGAAGCAAAAGAUAAUGAUGGAAAUACUCCACUACUUAUUUCAUCAAAAUUUGGUCAACUUGAUAUUGUUAAAUACCUUAUUUCUGAAGGAGCUGAUAAAGAAGCAAAAGAUAAAGAUGGAAAUACUCCACUCCUUAUUUCAUUAAAAGCAGGUCAACUUGAAAUUUUCAAAUACCUUAUUUCUGAAGGAGCUGAUAAAGAAGCAAAAGAUAAAGAUGGGAAUACUCCACUCCUUAUUUCAUUAAAAGCAGGUCAACUUGAAAUUUUCAAAUACCUUAUUUCUGAAGGAGCUGAUAAAGAAGCAAAAGAUAAAGAUGGAAAUACUCCACUCCUUAUUUCAUCAAAACUAGAUCAUCUUAAAAUUGUCGUAUUCCUUAUUUCUGAAGGAGCAAAAAUAGAAGCCAAAAAUAGGGAUGAAUCCACUCCACUCAUUGAAGCAUCAAAGGCAGGUAAUCUUGAAAUUGUCAAAUACCUUAUUUCUGAAGGAGCAGAUAAAGAAACAAAAGAUAAAGAUGGAUUCACUCCACUCGAAUGUACUUCACAAAAUCGCCAACUAGAAGUUGGGAAAUAUCUUCUCAGUGUUGGAGCUAACAAAGAAGGAAAAGCGAUUGAAUAUCUACUAGAUGAAAUUAAAGAGGAAGUUAUAUCGAAACUUGUGUAUUCUGAUAAUUUUGAAGAAGUCUACACAUUCCUUGAUGAACUUUCAUCACAAGGUAAUCAAAAAAUGCUUUCGAGGGCGUGUCAAAAGAACCUUUGGGAAAAGACAAAUGAAUCUGAAAAGAAUAUAUUACAUGUUGCAUGUGAAGAUGGAAAUCUCAGACUUGUAAAAUCUCUCAUUAAAUGUGGCUGCAACAAAGAAACAAAGUCUGCAGAAGGAUCUACUCCACUCAUUAUUGCAUCACUUUUUGAUAAACUUGAAGUUGUUCAAUACCUUAUUUCUGUUGGAGCUAACAAAGAAGCAAUGGACAAUGAUGGAUUUACUUCACUCAUUGAAGCAUCAAAAUUAGGUCAUCUUGAAAUCGUCAAAUACCUUAUCUCUGAGGGAGCUAACAAAGAAGCAAAAGAUAAGGAUAGAAAUACUCCACUCCUUAUUUCAUUAAAAGAGGGUAAACUUGAAAUUUUCAAAUACCUUAUCUCUGCAGGAGCAGAUAUAGAAGUAAAAGAUAAAUAUGAAAAUACUCCACUCAUUAUUGCAUCAAAAGAAGAUAAACUUGAAGUUGUUCAAUACCUUAUUUCUGUUGGAGCUAACAAAGAAGCAAAAUCCAAUGAUGGAUCUACUCCACUUAUAUGGGCAUCGCGAUAUGGCCAUCUUGAAAUUGUUAAAUACCUCAUAUCUAUUGGAGCAGAUAAAGAAUCAAAAGAUAACGAUGGAUCUACUCCACUCAUUGAAGCAUCAAAAAGAGGUUAUCUUGAAAUUGUUGAAUACUUCAUAUCUGUUGGAGCAGAUAAAGAAUCAAAAGAUAAUUAUGGAAAUACUCCACUCAUUGAAGCAUCAAGAGAAGGUAAUCUUGAAAUUGUCAAAUAUCUUGUCAGUAUUGGUACAGAUAAAGAAGCAAGAAAUAAUAAAUUAAAUAAUCCACUCAUUAUUGCAUUACUUUUUAGGAAAAAUGAGGUUGCUAAUUUCCUUAUAUCUGCUGGGGCUAAUACAGAAGCAAAAGAUCAAAAUGGAUCCACUCCGCUGAUUAUCGCAUCGUCAUUUGACAAUUAUGAAGUAAUUUCAUCUCUUAUCUCUGCUGGAGCAGAUAAGGAAGCAAAGGAUCAAAAUGAAUCCACUUCGCUCAUUAAUGCAAUAAGAGCAGGUAAAUUUGAAGUUGUCAAAUGCCUUAUUUCCGGAGGAGUAGAUAAAGAAACAAAAGAUAAAGAUGGAAAUACUCCACUCCUUAUUUCAUUACAAACAGAUCAACUUGAAAUUUUCAAAUACCUUAUUUCUCAGGGAGCAAAUAAAGAAGCAAAAGAUAAAGAUGGAAAUACUCCACUCAUUAUUGCAUUAAAAUCCGAUAAACAUGAAAUUUUCAAGUACCUUAUUUCUGAAGGAGCAGAUAAAGAAGCAAAGGAUAAUGAUGGAGAAACUCCACUCAUUAUCUCAUUUAAAGCAGGUCAACUUGAAAUUUUCAAGUACCUUAUUUCUGAAGGAGCAAAUAAAGAAGCAAAAGAUAAAUAUGGAAAUACUUCACUCAUUAUUGCAUCAAAGGCAGGUAAUCUUGAAAUUGUCAAAUACCUAAUUUCUGAAGGAGCAGAUAAAGAAGCAGUGACUAAUGAUGGAUUCACUCCACUCGAAUGUGCUUCACAAAAUCGCCAACUAGAAGUUGGGAAAUAUCUUCUCAGCGUGGGAGCUAACAAAGAAGGAAAAGCGAUUGGAAAUCUUCUUGAUCUAAUUAAUGAUGAAAACGUAAUGAAUGAUUAUGAUCUUGAAACUUUUAUCAAUGUCUACAAUUUAUUUGAUGAACUUUCAUCACCAGGUAAUCAAAAAAAUCUAUCAAAAAUCGGAAUACAAGAACUUUCAUCUACCAAAACCGACCUUGAUAGGAAUGUUCUUCAUGUAGCAUCUGAAUAUGGAAAUCUCAAAAUUGUUAAAUAUCUCAUUGAAAGUGACGUUCUGAAAAGUCCAAGAGAUUCUAUUGGAUAUACUCCACUCAUUAUUGCAUCAAAAGCAGGUCAUCUCGAUAUUGUUAAAUAUCUUAUCUCUGUUGGAGUAUAUAAAGAAGAAAAGACUAAUGCUGGAUCCACUGCUCUCAUGAUUGCAUCACUUUUUGGUAAGCUCGAUGUUGUUGAGUACCUCAUAUCUGUUAAAGCUGAUUUAGAAACAACAAAUGAAGGAGGAAACACUCCUCUCCUUCAAGCAACAGAAGUAGGUAAUCUUGAAGUUGUAAAAUGUCUUAUAUCUGCUGGAGCUAAUAAAGAAGCAAAGAAUAAAUAUGGAUAUAAUCCACUCAUCCUUGCGGCAAAACAAGGUCUUCUUGAAAUUGUCAAAUAUCUUAUCAGUGUCAAAGUUAAUAAAAAGGCAAAGUCCAAUGAAGGAAAAACUGCACUCUUUUAUGCAUCAGAUAAGAGUGUAAGGGAUUAUUUGAUUUCUGUUAAGGUAAAGUAA